UCUUUGUGGAAGGCUCGCGUCCCAGACAGAGAAAGAACAAGGAUGAGAUAUUGAAACAGGCAGAAAGUCUCCGUCUAGAAUUUCAAGAUCAAAUUAAGGCUGGCUGCAAAGCAGUUUCUAUCCCGAAGUGAUCUUUUAAAGUGCCAACCUCAGUGUGAGCACAUUUGCACCAACGCAACGAAGCUUGAGCUCUAAGGCGGUACAUUGAAGUGAAGGGGUGGAGUCAUGAGCCUUCUGGCACACUAACUGAAGGAACCAGAGUAGCAGGUCUGAUCAGGGAACACCGGCCACCCAUGGUAUAAAUCCUGGAGAGAGACACCUUGGACUGGGGGUGACAGAGGAGAGGAAAGGAGACUGAACCUACCCUCGACCCUUCCCUUGCCUGCUGCUGCAGUGUGGCAGUGCUAUUUUCAUUCUCACUCUGAUAUUCCACACCCAGGCAGGAACCAUGCCGGCCCUGUCCACCGGAUCUGGAAAUUACUCGGGUCUGCAUGAGCUGCUGUGUGCCCUGCCCUCCCAGCUACAGCCCCAUGUCCACAGCCAGGACGACAGCACCUUUCUACACAACAUGUUCGGAGAGAGGAGCCUCCACUCGCUGGUCAAGAUCCAUGAGAGACUGCAGCACUAUGAGGAGCAUAGUCCUGCCCCCAUCCUGGACAGUGUUGGCUCCCUGGCCGCUGACCUGUCUGAGGAACUGCAGGGUAAAAGUGCCAGUGAAGAGAUCAGCGAGCUACUCAAUCUACUGGCUAAACCCCACGUCAAGAGUCUUCUGUCUGUCCAUGACACGGUGGCCCAGAAGAGUUACGACCCCGAGUUGCCUCCGCUGCCCGAUGACAUCGAUGAUGACGAGGUCUCAGUGAAGAUCAUACGGCUGGUCAAGAACAAGGAGCCUCUCGGAGCUACAAUAAAGCGUGAUGAGCACACAGGAGCCAUCCUUAUCGCCAGGAUCAUGAGAGGUGGAGCAGCAGACAGAAGUGGUCUGAUCCAUGUAGGCGACGUGCUGAGGGAAGUGAACGGGGUUCCUGUGGAUGACAAGAAGCCAGAUGAAAUCAUCCACAUUCUGUCCCAGUCCCAAGGGGCCAUUACGUUUAAGUUAAUACCAGCCAUCAAAGAGGAGACUCCAAGCAAGGAGCCGAAGAUGUUUGUGAAGACACUGUUUGACUACGACCCAGCGGAGGACAAAGCCAUCCCGUGUAAGGAGGCGGGCCUGGCCUUCAAGAGGGGAGAUAUCCUUCAGAUCAUGAGCCAGGAUGAUGCCAACUGGUGGCAGGCUAAACAAGAUGGCCAUGCCAACCCUCGCGCAGGCCUCAUCCCCUCCAAACAGUUCCAGGAGAGGAGGUUUGCUCUGCGUCGACCCGCCGCCAGUGUUCUUCAGCCCCAGAAGAUCUCAAACAGAAGAUCAUACGAUACGGCAGUUGAGUUUGCCCCCCUUGAAGCUGAGGAAAUAGAAGAGGAUAACGGUUGGUUCUAUGGCUCUGGUUUCUAUUUAAGCGGAUACCACGUAGCUGGUUUUCGCCGGAGUUUCCGUCUCAGCAGGCGAGACAAGAAGACCAACAAGUCCAUGUAUGAGUGUAAGAAGAGUGAGCAGUACGACAUGGCUGACGUGGCCACCUACGAGGAGGUGACUCCCCACCGCAGGCAGAGCGGGGCCAAGCACAGGCUGGUGGUCCUCGUCGGUCCCACAGGGGUAGGUCUGAAUGAGCUGAAAAGGAAACUGCUGAUCUCUGAUCCCCAACACUUCAGUGUGACCGUGCCACACACCAGCAGGCCGAAGAGGAACCAGGAGAAUGAAGGGGUGGAGUAUCACUUUAUCUCCAAAAAUAUAUUUGAGACGGACAUUCACAACAACAAGUUCAUAGAGCAUGGUGAGUAUAAAGGGAACUACUAUGGCACCAGUCUGGACUCUGUGCGUUCGGUCCUGUCCAAGAACAAGGUGUGUCUACUGGACGUUCAGCCUCAUACGAUAAAGCACCUGAGGACGGCAGAGUUUAAACCUUAUGUGGUGUUCGUGAAGCCGCCGCCCGUCGAGCGCCUGCGGGAGAGCAGACAGAACGCUAAGGUCAUCCCAGGCAGGGACGACAAGGGAUCUGCCAAAUCAUUCUCCGAGGAGGACUUCCUGGAGAUGGUGAGCACCGCCCAGCAGAUGGAAAGCCAGCACGGCCACCUGUUUGAGAAGAUCAUUGUCAACGACGACCUGACGGCGGCAUUCACCGAGCUGAAGGUGGCUCUGAAGAAGGUGGAGACUGACACGCACUGGGUCCCCAUCAGCUGGACUCACUCCUGAGAGCCACAGAGAAAGAGUGAAAUACCGUUUGGAGAAAGAAGGAUAUAAAAAAGGGGAGGGCUUUUUAAUGAAGUUGGUUCUAUGUCCACUGUGUAGGUGGUGGGUGCUGUCGGGUUUAGGAUGGAUCGUAACACAGCUGGACAGCAGAGUGGGCUGACUUGAUGUGUGUCCCAAAUGGCACCCUAUUCCCUAUAUAGUGCACUGCUUUGUGAAAGUACUUUCCAAAUAGGGAGUAGAGUGCCAUUUGGGACGAAACCUGUGUCUCUGUCUGGGUCUUCCUCUGGGCCCUGUCUAGCUCAGUCAUCAUGCAACACGCUGGACAUCUGAGGGUGGAGCUGGUCUGAUCUGGUUCUAGACCGCUGCACUGUCUUCUCAUCAGAUCGGUGUGACUGCCCAUCAGUGCUGUGCCAGAACGUACUGUAACUUCGGACUCCUUCCUUCGUGUGUUUUUAACAUUAGUUCAUAGAAACCUAAGGGAUUUGUAUUGUUCUGUGGAUGGUGGGUGGUUUGUAUAUUAAUGCAGAGUGGGGGAACAGAUGAAAAUGUUUUUUUUGCCUUCAAGUCUUAAACUCAGCUUGGGUCCAAAACGGCACCCUAUUCCCUAUGUAUUGCACUUGUUUUGACCAGGGCCCAUAGGGGAUGGGGUGCCAUUUCAGACACAGCCUCAAACUCAGAUAAACGUUUCCCUUGUGAUUUCUAACGCUUCCAUAGUCUGCUACACCAAGGUAUCAAAGCAAAAACAUGGCAGGGACAGUACACUCAAAAAACGGCAACAACAGGUGUCAUUUUAUUUAAGAUAAAUUAAUAUAUUUGAAUAUUUUUCUGCAGUUUUAUAUAUAACAUAUCUAUUGCAUCAUCUGUAGGGAAGCAUCAUGACACUGUCAGCUACAACCUGAGGUGAUUUCUGAUGUUACUUUGACGUUGGAAGUUCUUUCAGUCAGUGUUAUGUCGUCGCACCUCAAAUUCCCAAGGUCCUACUUACACCGCGUGUAUUUUAAAUGGCAAGCUAUUCUGUGUACUGUGCACUACUUUUGACCAGAGCCCAAUGAGCCCUGGUUAAAAGGAAAUAGGGUGCCAUUUGGGACACAGCCUAGGUGUUUUCUCAUUUUAUUUUAGGGGCUUUUUUAAAUGUAAAGCCCUCCACCCUGCCCCACUCAUGAUUGUGCCCAGGCAGCAUAACAGUUUGCUAUUUCAACCAGCAGACGUUGGCUUGUCGGUUGUAAGUCAAAUGUUCUCAAUCUAGUAUAAUUAGGGUGGAGUUAGCGUUAUUUUACCCUCAUAAAACAGGCCUAAAACCAGGAACCUAAUAGAGGGGUCCAUGGCGCUAGUAGAUUUACAACAGACAGAAACACAAAGUAGCUGAUUUUAACUUAGCAAGGUUUAGGUUAUAUAGAGAGAGGUUAGAGGCGCUAGUUAUUUGCAGGAUUCCUCCACCCCUCUUUUUCUAAACCUCCUGUCUAUCCCUCUACCAUGUUCCUCCUAUACAGUAUGCUGGCUGUAUCCCAGACUAGAGCCUGUCUUCGAUUGUUUGAUGAGAGAAUAUUUAUGUAUACCAUAUCUAGGGUUGCGAAAUUGCUGGGUGCAGUGACCUCAGUGCCCCUAUGAUCUCUCUCGGUCUCUCUCCGGGAUUUCACACUCUCACAUCACCAAUCAUGUGGCGUUAGUUCGUUAGCUCUGUGUCGAGCUAAGGUCAUCAUGAGUCAUGACGAUGCACCAGAGCGAUCUCGCUGUCUGUCUGGUGUCUCUUCUCUUUUACAGCAGGUUUCCCUCUUAUCCCUCGCUUCCUUUAUCCCAGUGUUUUUGUUCAUUUCAAAUGUUCUUAGUAUCGCAGAUACACCUGUUCUGUAUUUUUCUGAUUAUCAGGAGAUGGUGUAUCUAUUUAAACAAAUAUAUUUGUUUGCGGUUUAGCCACUACAAUACCAUGUUUAUCUACACUACAGGUUUAACCCUCUAGUUUCCUCAUUCUUUUCUUUCAUGUUUAUAUGAUGUUAGGUUCAUAUUUACCCUCCAGCCAGCCGUAUCAGAGUUCUGUCUGUGCAGAUAUUGUCCUUCUGACUGUACAUUCAAUUACUGUGAGGCAAAUUGUGUGAUUUCACUUUUUUCUUUUUAUUUGUACAUUUUAUAUAAAAAUAUUAAACCAAA